AUGGGAAUUUUUGAGAGUAAAUUUAAUCAAGGACACAGAAUCAUUGAGGUCUAUGAAGGAUUCCCAGCAGAAGAAGUAAAAUUGCAACCUUUUAUUGAUUUUAUUGUAGCUGUAAAUGGAACUAAACUUAUAGAUUCCACUAUUCCUUUUAAUGACAUCGUCAAAUUAAAUGCUAACUGUGAAUUAACUCUAGAAGUAUAUAAUUUAAUUGAAGAGAAGUCAAGAGAAAUUAAAGUAACCCCCAGAACAAUAGAUGGUGAAGGAGUUUUAGGAGUUGCUUUAAGAUAUGAAAAUUCUAUUCAGGCAUGAUCUGAAACUCUUCAUAUAACUAAAGUCCUUGACGAUGGCCCAGCAAAAGAAGUUGGACUCGUUGCAAAUGAGGAUUUUAUUGUUGGAAGCAAGGAUUUUGACAUGGAAAGUAUAGAUGAACUAGAAGAAUAUGCGGAAACUAAUCCCUAUGUAAAUUUAUAUGUAUAUUCAAAUGCUACUAAAUCUGUGAGAUCAGUGACAAUAAACACAGGAUACCCAGAAAAGAAGGGAAGAUUGGGGCUAGAAAUAGCAAUUGGAGCCUUGCAUUCAAUAAAAUAG